CAUCCGCGACGCCCCGCCCUCGCGUGGCCCCGCCCCCUCCCCGCGGGGCUCCAGCUGAGCUCGGAGCCGGGCCUGGGGACUCGGGAUCCCGCCGCUGCCGGGGCCGCAGGAUGGGGCGCGUCCUCGGGGGCCUGCGCUGCAUCAAGUACAUGCUCCUCGCCUUCAACCUGCUUUUCUGGUUGGCAGGAUCCACUGUCAUUGCUUUUGGCCUGUGGCUUCGGUUUGGAGGCAUAGUGAAGGAUUUGUCCUCAGAGGGUAAAACUCCUGAGUAUUUCUACAUGGGGCUGUAUGUGCUUGUUGGAGCAGGUGCACUGAUGAUGACCGUGGGAUUCUUCGGGUGCUGUGGAGCUGUGCGAGAGUCUCAGUGUCUGCUCGGAUCAUUUUUCACCUGCCUGCUGGUAAUCUUUGCUGCAGAGGUAACCACCGGAGUAUUUGCAUUUAUAGGCAAAGGAAUGGCUAUAAGAGAAGUUCAAACCAUGUAUGAAGACGCAUAUAACGGUUACCUUAAAGAUAAAAUGAACAAAACUCUCAUCACCUUCCACUCAUCAUUUCUAUGCUGUGGAAAAGAAAGUCCUGAUCAGGUACAAUCCACAUGCCCAAAGGAGCUCCUAGGACACAAAAAGAACUGUAUAGAUGAGAUUGAGAACGUGAUCAGUGCCAAACUCCAGCUCAUCGGGAUUGUCGGGAUCGGAAUAGCUGGCGUCACGAUCUUCGGCAUGAUAUUCAGCAUGGUCCUCUGCUGUGUGAUCCGUAACUCAAGAGAUGUAAUCUAAAACUCCACCUGCAUGAUAUCGAAAAUCCAGGACUUUAUAACUAAAUGUCACAAGAGAGAUCAUCUUACUCAGCUGUUAAAGUGAAAAGGCAUUAAGGUCUAAAACAAUUUGGCUUCUAGUGUACAUUUGCACAUGUAUGUGAGUGAGUGUGGUACAUAGCCUUCCUGCCAUGGGGGCAGGUGAUUGUGUCCUAACAUUGUCAGCUCUGUCUGCAG